UCCACAGCACUGUCCAGUCCAAAAUGUGCCAACUAAAAUACCUCAUCCUCGUCGCCGUCUCGCUAUGUGUGCUUGCAUGCACGGUGGCGGGCGACGGCGGCGGCAGGCCGCUGGUGACGGCCGUCACCAAGGACGCGGCAACCUCCCUCUACACCAUCCCCGUCAAGUCCGGCCGCCCGCUGGUCCUCGACCUCUCCGGCCCCAUCGUCUGGUCCACCUGCGACGACGGCGCCCCCCACGACACGCUCGAGUGCAACGACAUCGACUGCAUGCGCGCGCACCGCUUCCACCCGCCCAGCUACGGCAUGCCCGACGUCCACAGCCACUACCCCUGCAAGUGCACCGCGCAUCCGCACAACCCCGUCUCCGGCGACACCGCGUCGGGGGACAUGACCCGCGUGGCGCUCUCCGCCAACGCCACCGACGGCAUCAACCCGUUGGGCCCUGUGUCGUUCACCGCCGUGACGUCCUGUGCGCCGGACUCGCUGCUACAAGGGCUGCCGGCGGGGGCCGUGGGCAUGGCGGGGCUCGCGCGCUCCAGCCUCGCGUUCCCGGCGCAGGUCACGGGCACGCAGGGCGUCGCUAGCUCCUUCGCGCUCUGCCUGUCCAGCAGCCAAGGCAACGGCGUCGCGAUAUUCGGCGGCGGCCCGCUCUUCGUCCUGGGGCAGCCCAUCUCGGAGAUGCUGGGCGGCAGCACCCCCCUCCGCAAGUACAAGGAUUCCCCGGGCUACUACAUCAUGGCCAGCAAGGGCAUCACCGUGGACGGAGUGAAGGUGCCGCCGGGCGAGCACGCGCCGCUCACCAUCGGGCUCUCCACGACGAUCCCCUACACGGAGCUGCGCCGCGACGUGUACCGCCCGUUCAUCGACGCGUUCGACCAGGCCAUGGAGCGCUGGGGUGCUGCCGGUUUGAGGGUCCCAUCCCCGGCCGCGGCGCCGUUCGAGCUGUGCUACAACGCUUCCAAGCUGUCGCAGACGCGGUUCGGCUUCUUUGUGCCGAGGAUCAACCUGAAGCUGGACGGCGGCUGGAUCUGGCCGGUGUUCGGUAUGAACUCCAUUGCGCGGGUGGACCGCGCCACGGCGUGCCUCGCUUUCGUCGAGAUGAAGGCGGGGGACAAGGCCGGGUAUGGCGGCGGCGCGACGCCGGCGGUGGUGAUCGGGGGGUUCCAGAUGGAGAACUUGCUGUUGGUGUUCGACGAGGAGAAGCAGACGCUCGGAUUCACCGCCGGGCAGCACCUCAUCAAUGGGCGCUCCUGCGGCCAAUUCAAUUUUACGAUGCCCGCCUAGCCUAAGAUUAGUGUUGUUUGGAUUUGGAAUUUCCGUGCUUCUGUUUGACUAGUUUUCCCCAUCAUAUUUCCCGCAUACAACUCCCAGGAUCAAAAUAAAUUGCACAUGUGAUACACCAUCCAAGCACGUCGAGAUCUGACAAGUCAGAAGCCCACAUAAAAUUAUUCCCUUGUAUUGGCUAUUUGACUAUUUCCCUUCAUGUAUAAUAAUGUCAAACCACGAUAUAGGUUCCAUCA